UUGUCAAAGACUUUUAUGGCUAUUAAUAUGACAAAGGUGAGUGAUUAUGAAACAUGACAGUUUCAUUUGUUUGAAAUGGACAGCCAGAGACUAAAAUUUUAAGAUAAUUUUCAGAUGGAAACGUUUUAAUUAGAAGUAGAAAAUGAGAUAUGAUACAGGUCACCUUUUUUUUUUUUUUUUACCUUCUAAGACAUGUACUUAGGAAGCUUCAUAUUGGGCCUUGAUUUAAUUCAUAUUUAGUCGUCUCCUCCCUACACAUUAAUAUAAUAUCUAUAUAGAGCUCAUUGCAUGGUAUAAUUACUGAAGAGAUCAAUGGCUGGGAAAGCGCACAGUCAUUGAGCAUGUCUGUUAUAUUCUAACGGGACAGUGCUCCUGUGUUGGCGUUCAGUGCGCUCAGAGAUAAGAAUUGAUUCGCUGUUUCAAAUGAAUUCAAUCUGUGGCUUAGGGCUUUCUUUUCUGAGAAGUUAUGCUUGGUAGAAAUUUGCCUGACAGGCUUACCCAUCACAGGGUGAAGCCCUGGGAGCAUAAAGCCAUGUAAAUGAGCAGAAGGAACCCUCUCCCCCUUUGGAGUUUUCUCUUCUUUCUCUGCUCUCCUCCUUUCUUAACCCUAAUUUUCCCACUUCAGUCCUUGUCCCAGCAUUUUCAUGCUUUUUAUCAGUGUUAGGAUGCCAGGCCCCAGGAAAGAAAGGUAAGUGGGGACGGUGCUGUGUGGAGAGCAGUGCGGAGUUAACAGGAGAGAUCGGUGCUCGGCUAUUCUGCUAGUUCUCCAAACGUCAGAGAGAAAGAACUUCUGAUUUCAGAGCAUUUAUAGGCUGAUGAGGAGACAGAAAUCAAAGACAGAGUCCCUGUCCUCAAGUUGCUUAUGGCCCUUUGGGGGAAACAGACCUGUCAGUUCACGGUGAGAGGGAAGAAACCCCCAGUAUUGAAAAGCUACUCUCAAAGGACUGGAAAGACAAGCUUCUGGCAAUGGGAUCAGGAAACUUUGGUGAAAUAAAAGGGACUCCUGAGAGCCUAGCUGAGAAAGAAAGACAGCUCAUGGGUAUGAUCAAUCAGCUGACUAGUCUGCGAGAGCAGCUGUUGGCUGCCCACGAUGAGCAGAAGAAACUAGCUGCAUCCCAGAUUGAGAAACAGCGCCAGCAAAUGGAGCUGGCCAAGCAGCAGCAGGAACAGAUCGCAAGACAACAGCAGCAGCUCCUGCAGCAGCAACACAAGAUCAAUUUGCUCCAGCAACAGAUCCAGCAGGUCCAAGGUCAGUUGCCGCCAUUAAUGAUUCCCGUAUUCCCUCCUGAUCAACGGACGCUGGCUGCGGCUGCCCAGCAGGGAUUCCUCCUUCCUCCAGGCUUCAGCUAUAAGGCUGGAUGUAGUGACCCUUACCCUGUUCAGCUGAUCCCAACUACCAUGGCAGCUGCUGCCGCAGCAACACCGGGCUUAGGCCCACUCCAACUGCAGCAGUUAUAUGCUGCCCAGCUAGCUGCAAUGCAGGUAUCUCCAGGAGGGAAGCUCCCAGGCAUACCCCAAGGCAACCUCGGUGCUGCUGUUUCUCCUACCAGCAUUCACACAGACAAGAGCACAAACAGCCCACCACCCAAAAGCAAGGAUGAAGUGGCACAGCCACUGAACCUCUCAGCUAAACCCAAGACCUCUGAUGGCAAAUCACCCACAUCACCCACCUCUCCCCAUAUGCCAGCUCUGAGAAUAAACAGUGGGGCAGGCCCCCUCAAAGCCUCUGUCCCAGCAGCAUUAGCUAGUCCUUCAACCAGAGUUAGCACAAUAGGUUAUUUAAAUGACCAUGAUGCUGUCACCAAGGCGAUCCAAGAAGCUCGGCAGAUGAAGGAACAGCUUCGGCGGGAACAGCAGGUGCUUGAUGGGAAGGUGGCUGUUGUGAAUAGUCUAGGUCUCAAUAACUGCCGGACAGAAAAGGAAAAAACAACACUGGAGAGUCUGACUCAGCAACUGGCAGUUAAGCAGAAUGAAGAAGGAAAAUUUAGCCAUGCAAUGAUGGAUUUCAAUCUGAGUGGAGAUUCUGAUGGAAGUGCUGGAGUCUCAGAGUCAAGAAUUUAUAGGGAAUCCAGAGGGCGUGGUAGCAAUGAGCCCCACAUAAAGCGUCCAAUGAACGCCUUCAUGGUGUGGGCUAAAGAUGAACGCAGGAAAAUCCUUCAGGCCUUUCCCGACAUGCACAAUUCCAACAUCAGCAAGAUACUGGGUUCUCGCUGGAAAGCUAUGACAAACCUAGAGAAACAGCCAUACUACGAGGAGCAAGCCCGUCUGAGCAAGCAGCACCUGGAGAAGUACCCCGACUACAAAUACAAGCCCAGGCCCAAGCGCACCUGCCUCGUGGACGGCAAGAAGCUGCGCAUCGGCGAGUACAAGGCCAUCAUGCGGAACCGGAGGCAGGAGAUGCGGCAGUACUUCAACGUCGGGCAACAAGCACAGAUCCCCAUCGCCACUGCUGGUGUUGUGUACCCUGGAGCCAUCGCCAUGGCCGGAAUGCCCUCCCCUCACCUGCCCUCAGAGCACUCAAGCGUGUCUAGCAGCCCAGAGCCAGGGAUGCCCGUUAUUCAGAGCACUUAUGGUGUCAAAGGAGAGGAGCCCCAUAUCAAAGAAGAGAUCCAGGCUGAGGACAUCAACGGAGAAAUCUAUGAUGAGUACGACGAGGAAGAGGAUGACCCAGAUGUAGAUUAUGGGAGUGACAGUGAAAACCAUAUUGCAGGACAAGCCAACUGAUAAGGGUCAAAAGAUUGUUGUGACCUUAGGACUUAAAGAAGCCCUAACUGGUUCAUCCUUACCAGUGGCCAAGCACAUUAACUUUCUCAUACACUGACUGUUACUUUAACUGUUAGUCUUAAAUAGUUGGGACAUCAGCUGACUAAUAGACCUCAGCCUCAAAAGGCUUGGAAAGGAAAAAAAAAAUACAACAAGCAAACAAGAAUAUCAACAAGAGAUUGAAAUAAGCUAUGGGUAAAAUAAUGCCAGUAAUUCAGCUGCUACAUCCAAGCACUGAAGUCUUACCCGUCAACUUUUUUUUUUUUAAUAAACUUUAUGGCUGUUUGUUCUACAA